AUGCCUCGUAAGAAUAAUAGUGAUGUCGAAGUGUUUGAGGGUGAAGAGGAGGAAGAAGAUGGAUGCAAGAUCGUUGAGUGGAGUGGUGUUGAUGAAGAUAGGAGGAUGCUAAUAUGGAUUAAUUUGCCAUUUCACAUCUUUAACAAGCCAAGAAUUGGUCUCCAAGAUUUGUUUGCAACCCUUCCUACUGAGAAAAAACUGGGAUGUAGCUUCCCUUUAUUUCUACAAAGGACAGGUAUCCUGUUUUUGCCAUUAGAGGGGCUCUUUUCUUGCAACCCUUCCUAG